UAAAUAUAUAUGUAUGUACAUGCGAGAACAUACAGAGAAAGGACUGUUUCAAAAUUUGGUAAUAAUUUUGUUUCAUAUAUUUAGUUUGUUACUGUUAUAUCGGAAUAUAAAAGAGUAUGCCACCCCCAAGACCUAAGGGGAUAGGAUUAACUACAGGCGUCACCCCAGCUCGACCAAGCUCAAAUGCGCCAAUGUCCGAGAGACAACAAAUGGCUUUAUUAAUCCAAAUGACAGCUACAUCAUCAACAGAUACAUCACGAACGAGCACAAAAAAGACUGAAAAUAAGAAAGGUGAAACUGAAAUUGAUGAAAAUACAACUGAAAAACAAGAAGUUCUUGAUGCCAAGGAAAAACCAACAACAGCAGCCACUGAUGAUUGCAGUUUAGAUAGCCAACGGGUCGUUGCCGAGGCAAAUGCUGCCACGCAAAGCAGCAGCAGCAGCAGCACUUCAGCUUCAAAACGUUGUUAUUCGGAUAUUGAAGAUGAAUUCGAUGAAUUAGGUGAAGAUAGUAAGAAAAAGAAGAAGAAGGAUUCAGAGAACACGAAAGAGUUCAAAAACACUUCAUUGAAACUAUCCUCGAAAGUAGAUAAAAGCACAAAAUUAUCAUCAGCAAAAGCCUCACCAUCUGGAAAUAAAUUAUAUUCGAUUGAUAAAGAACAAAACGAGAUUAGCAGCAGUAAUAAGAAUGCCGCUGCCGCCGCCGCUGCAGCUGCCGCCGCCGAUAUAGAGAAUGAAACAGAGGGCAGUGAUGAUUACAAAAGCAAUGAUAGUUUAUACAAUGGUGGUCUCAAAGUGCCGCCACUGAAAAUCGUCAUUCCUCAACAGAAUUGCUCAAUUGAUACUGAAGGCAAUGUUUUGCGUACGGGCAAAGUAGCUGCCUCACGAAACGCUGCCCUGCCUUAUGUGGUUAGCUCGAAUAGUGACUCAAUUGAUACGAUUAUUUCAAAUCAAUGCAUAAGUCCACAUGAGAGUCCACAGAAAGUGAAUGCCGUGUCCUGUCCUGCCGCCGUCCUUGAUGAUAAGAACAUUAAGCUGUUCAAUGAUGAGAAAAAUCUAAGAGUCCUACGAAGUUCACAUCGCACAGGAGUUGCAAGUGCUGAACGCAGUUCGAAUAACUCUUCACCGCAGAUGCAGAGUAGCUCGCCAUCGCCUGCGUCAUCGAAUCACGCCAACGAUAACACCGAAGGGAAGUCAUCCUCCUACAACAAUAUGAGUGCAAGUCCAAUCCAACAGAGUCAUCAGUUUGAUAACGAUGGCAUUGCGAAUGUGCCCAGCCCAUCGACAUCGUCCACAUCGUCGUCGAAAGACAUUAAUUCGACAUCCAAUGUGGAUUUGCAUCCACGCAAGCGAAAGAUUAGACCAAAAAAUGCCAACGAAGAUAAUGCGAAAAAUGCCAAUCCAAAUCUAGACGCUUCAGUUGCCGGUGGAGAAUCACAUCCGCAUGAUUAUCCCUUUACAAAUGGUUUUCAAAUGUUCUUAAACAUUCGAAGGCAAAUUGAGAAAAAAUGGAAAACGUUGUAUCCUGUGAAGCCGAGGCCACCACAAGGAUAUAAUGAUUAUUUGCUUACAAAGCGGUCAUAUCUUCUCAAUAAAAAUACCAAUACAUCCGCCGCUAUAGAUAUUCCCAAUACAGUUCCAGAGCCCCUGAAGAAGAUCUAUCGCCUGCAAGAGAAGGCGAGACGCGAACUAAUUGAAGCUCAUACAGUGGAACGCGAGAAGCUUUGCCUAAAUGUGGAACAGGAAAUAAUUCGGGUGCACUCAAAAGCGGCCAGGAGUAUAUCGGGUCAAUCGGAACCCUAUUCCGUUUGCACGUAUCUAAAAGAUGAUGAGGUAUACAAUAUGAUGACACCGGAGCAAGAUGAAAAGGAAAAGAGCGCACGUUGCCGCUUCAAUGGACGGCUUUUAUUAAGCUGGUUGCAAGAUGUCGACGAUAAAUGGGAAAAAAUUAAGGAAUUAAUGGUGCUAAGACAUCAUAAUGAAGCGGAAAGUUUACACGCUGUUCAAGUAAUGGACUGGAAUAUAAGCGCCAAGCGAUCUAAAUUAUCCGACAGUAUAUACGAAGAAGACAUAACCAAGGACCAUGUACCCAUUGUCUAUGUGGGUGAUGAUUUUGAUACAUUGCCAACUUGAAUGCGUUGGAGUAGACAUCGUCGAGUCAAGUCGAGUGCACUUCCAUUGAACGUAAUAGGAUCAUGUGCAUCCACAUAGAUGUUAAACAAGAAUUUGCAGCCGUAUAUCAAAUUUGAAAAUGAUAUAUUUCUGCAUCUUAAAUACACUAUGUAGUACAAUACUAUACAAAAACAGGAUACCACAAAUUUCCAUCGGUUUAGUCGCAUAGAUAAAAAAAAACUUGUAAAUAGAGAAGUCGAACAAAUUGUGAGCCUGAUUUUUCAGUGUUGUGCUUUUUGGUUAUUAAAUACUAAUGUUGACACACCCAACACACACCUAUGUAUAACUUUACCUGUCAUAAACAUACAAAACUGUACGAUACUGAUGAUAUAUGGAUAAUGUGAAAUUAAAA